CAUUGUUCUGGUCUGAGCAAUACUUGGAACCCUACUGGUAUAAAAGGAUGGGGAUAAGCGGUGGAGACUUGUGGAUACAGCCUUCUUCUAGUUGUAUUAAAGACCUUCUUACAAUUUAGGCUAAUGAGGACUUAACAUUUGCAGAAUGAAAAGAUGGCACAGGCAAUGCUGGGACCACCAGGACCUGACAGCUUCUUCUACUUCACUAGAGAAUCUCUUGCAGCUAUUGAAAAACGUAUUGCUGAAGAAAAGGCUAAAGGAGACUCCAAAGAUGAAGGUGGUGAUGAAGGAAAUGGCUGCAAGCCCAAUAAGGACUUGGAGGCAGGAAAAACACUGCCAUUUAUUUAUGGUGACAUACCUCCAGGAAUGGUGUCUACACCACUGGAAGACAUUGACCCAUACUAUAUCAAUAAAAAAACUUUUAUAGUAUUGAAUAAAGGGAAGACAAUCUUCCGAUUUAGUGCCACACCUGCCUUGUACAUUUUAUCGCCUUUCAGUUCUCUUAGAAAACUAGCUAUAAAGAUUUUGGUUCAUUCAUAUCCUUUUCAGUACACUUUCACUGGAAUUUAUACUUUUGAAUCUCUUGUAAAAAUUAUUGCAAGAGGCUUCUGUAUAGAUCAUUUUACUUUCCUUCGAGACCCCUGGAACUGGCUUGAUUUCACUGUUAUUACCUUUGCAUAUCUAACAGAGUUUGUGGACCUGGGCAAUGUCUCAGCAUUGAGAACAUUCAGAGUUCUUCGAGCUUUGAAAACAAUAUCAGUCAUUCCAGGCUUGAAGACUAUUGUGGGAGCUUUGAUUCAGUCUGUGAAGAAGCUCUCGGAUGUAAUGAUUCUGACUGUUUUUUGUCUGAGUGUAUUUGCACUAAUAGGGCUGCAGCUGUUCAUGGGCCACUUGAAGCAUAAAUGUUUGCUGUGGCCAAAGGAAAAUACUUCUGCUUUUGACAAAUAUGUUGCCCCAUACUUCAACGAUACAGUUUUUAUGUGGGAGGAGUACCUUGAGAAUGAAAGUCAUUUUUAUUAUUUAGAAGGACAAAAAGAUGCCCUACUUUGUGGUAAUGGCACAGAUGCAGGUCAAUGCCCAGAAGAUUAUAUUUGUGUGAAAGCUGGUAGAAACCCCAAUUAUGGCUACACAAGCUUUGAUACGUUCAGCUGGGCAUUCUUGUCACUGUUUCGCUUGAUGACUCAAGACUACUGGGAAAACCUUUAUCAGCUGACCCUACGAGCUGCUGGCAAAACAUAC